AUGGGGAUCCUAAAGAACCUCAUCAUCGCCACAACAGGUACCCACGUGUACACAUCCAAGCAAAUUCAAGGCUGGAUCGAGCGUAAUGACGGCCACUACUCGCCCACUAUCCACGAAGGUGUCACCCACCUCCUCGCUAGCGAAGAGGCAUACAAAUCCAAACAACGCACUGAAGCAGUGCGCCAAGCACUCUCACUUGGUAUCCAAAUCCUCAGCUACGACUGGCUUGACGACUCUCUGCACGCCCGCAAGAAACUCCCCGUCAAGAGUUAUGAACGGGGAGCCCUGAGCAAGAAGCGCCAUUUAGCUAAGCAGCUGAAGAGACUUGGUGCCGAGGCUGAUGGUAAGAAGUUUCGGGAGGGAUGUGAGGAGAUUAGGAAGUUGACAGGUUCAGUUCCUCCAAAAUUGAGCACAACACCCACACCUACCACCCCUUCUUCCACACUCGAUGAUUCGAGAACACAAGCUAAAUCCCACUGGAAAGCCGAAUACCACUACUACCAAGACACCACGGGUUUCGACUACAAAAUCACACUCGUCCAGAACGACGUCUCCAACAACAUCACCGCAAAAUACUACAUCGGCCUGCUAGAAAGCCACACAAAACCACACACGUACUGGGGCCUGGCACAAUACCAACCUGUCAAAACCAACCCGACUCCACCUUUACCCACCACUACCACCACCACCAACGCAACCUCCUGCACCAGCGCCCACAAGAACCCAUACAAAACCCACACCGAAGCCGAAAAACUCCGCCUCCUCGCCCUCAUCUCCCCUCCACCCGCUCACCCCUCCACCUCCCACGUCACCCCCCUCUGCCCCCGCAACUCUCCCUUCGCGCUAGCCUGGCGCUCCUUCCGCCAUGCCUUCCACGACCUAACCCUCAUACCCUGGGGAUCCCGCUUCGACGCCCACGCUCCCUUACUGCAAAAGCGCUCAGCCGCACAGCUAGACGUCGAACCGUAUCAGUACGUGAGGCCGAGGCUGGGCAUGCCUGUUGGCGUGUUUCCGCAGGCUGGUGGUGUAUUCGCGUCUGAGGGCGAGUAUGUCAGGGGUACAGUUGGGAUUCCGUUGGUUGAGGGGGGGCUGGAUGAGAUGGGGGCUUUUGGGGCGGUGGUGCUGGGGGAGAGACGGAGAGUGGAGGAGGAAAGGAGGAGGAGGGAAGGGGAGGUGCAGGAGGGGAAGAAGAGGAAGAGGGGGGCGAGGUUGGGGGAUGGGGUUGAUGGGAGGGGCUUUGUUGCGCCGGAGUUUGUGCAUUUGUUGAAGGGGGUUGGGGUGAGGAAGUGA